AUGGACAUCUGCUUUAAGAUUUUCCUGGCUGCAUUGCAUCAGCUUGUUCUAUUCCCAGCACUUCAGAUUACUUCCUUUUGCCUGGGAAUGCUUCUGUCUUUCCCUGAACCUAAAAUUACAAAAGCAGCAAGAAGAAAUUGUGAUUGUGAGAAUACCCCUCCAGGGGGGAUGAACAGGAUAAUGGCAAGCAGAAUCUUGUGGAAGAGAGUGAAAAACUUGAAAUAUAUAUUUUUUUUGCAUGCAUUCAUUUCAAAUAUUCUAGGUAUAGACUUGGUUACCCAAUUGCGAACAACGGUUGAUUGGAUCUACACUCAGUUGAACAGGUCUCAGUCAUCGUGGAAAUGCUCAACUGGCCGUUCUUCCAGAACGAAAUUUCAGGAGGAGGCCUGGAGAAGAUAUAAUCACCGUAUGCAAGAAGAAUAUGAAGAAGAAAUGGAAAGAGUGGAGCGAAUUAGGCGAAUGCAAAGUGUAUUCUAUAGAGAGAGAAAUAAAUUCAGAAAAAGUUAUGAGAGAUGGACAGAAAAUGAUCCAAAUGCAUAUCAUCAACAUUUUCGGAGGGACGAUUGGUACUGGAAAGCGGAUACAUCAUACAGGGAUAAGGAUAAUAAUUUUAGAGAGACUCCUCGGGCCAGUGCAAGAACUUCAUUAUCACACCAUUACUCAGUCCUUGGCCUUGACAGGUUGAGGACAAAACCGUACACAGAUGAUGAGAUAAAGUCAGCCUUUAGGACGAAGGCAAAGGAGUUUCACCCAGAUCAGAAUCAGGAUGACAAAGAUUUUGCCGAAUCAAAAUUCAAGGAAGUUAUGACGUCUUACGAAGCUAUCAAGUCAGAAAGGAGGAAUAAUAGGCAUUGACACUUCGUAUUGUCCCAGGUUCUAUUGUGUUAUCUUUAUGAUGCCAUAUUCUUAAACAAGUAAAUUAUAGUUUUCGUGCUGUACUUCGUAGAGAAUCUGGAUUAAGAUUUUCCAUUGGAGGAAGCUGCUGCUGCUGCUGCUACUGCUACUGUAUCCAUAAUUGGUAUGGCUUGCCUGCCUUCAAGUGUUGUAACCAAUCAUGUAUCAAUAAGUAAAAUAUUUACGUUUUAGCUCGUUUGCACAA